AUGGCAUCUCGUUGCAGAACAAUUUCAAGGCCCGCGAUGAACCUUCUCAAGUCCGCCAUCGCUAAGCCUUCGAGCAGGCCCGUCUUUUCUGUUCAACCGGCCCGAUCGUCCCCGUCGCUUCUUUCAAGCUGUUAUGCGCAUUCUUUAUCGGGAUUUUCGUCCAAUGGCCCAAAUAAUGUUCUGCAAAGCCUAAAGUUAGCUUCUUUAUCGCCUUUUGGUCCUUCAUAUACUUGCAUUUUCAGGCCAUUGCCUCAGAUGGGUGCAUUGAUGUCUCUAUUACCCCUUCACACAGCGGUCUCAUCUGCUAGGCUUACUUCUUGUCUGGGCCCGGACACCAAUGGCUGCAGAUCUUUGUCUCAGGGUAUGCUUUGCAGUGCCAACCCUGGAGUUUGA